UUCCCGCCCCCCUCCCACAAUCCUGCGCGCGGCUGCCCGGGGGCAGCAGGGAAGAAGCCGGCGCCAUUAGAGGCGCGUCCCCUGCCCGGGCUUUGCCUCACUCUCACCGAGGAAGAAUCCGCACUCGCGGGGGGCCAUCCGCACCGCCACCAUGACGGUGGGACGCAGCAGCAAGAUGCUGCAGCACAUCGACUACAGGAUGCGCUGUACCCUGCAGGACGGGCGCAUCUUCAUCGGCACUUUCAAGGCGUUCGACAAACACAUGAACCUCAUCUUGUGCGACUGUGACGAGUUCAGGAAGAUAAGGCCCAAGAACUCCAAGGCAGGAGAGCGUGAGGAGAAGCGCGUCCUGGGUCUGGUGCUGCUCCGUGGAGAGUCUCUGGUCUCCAUGACGGUGGAGGGGCCCCCACCUAAGGAUUCUGGCAUCGCGCGCGUGCCGGUGCCCGGGGCGAUGGGAGGACCGGGCAUGGGCCGUGCGGCUGGGCGCGGCGUCCCCGCUGGUGCCCCCGCGGCACAGGCCCCCGCCGGCCUGGCCGGGCCGGUGCGUGGCGUCGGAGGCCCUUCCCAGCAGGUGAUGACCCCGCAGGGCCGCGGAAUUCUGGGCCCCACCAUCAGCGGAUCGCCACAGCAGUACCCGGGCCCACCACCUCCUGGCGGACGCGGAGGCCCCAUGCCCAUGGGGCGUGGAGGUCCCCCAAUGGGGAUGAUGGGCCCCCCGAUGGGCAUGCGUCCGCCCAUGGGCCCCCCAAUGGGCAUGCCUCCCGGCCGGGGCCCCAUGGGAAUGAUGCCCCCGGGAAUGAGACCCCCACCGCCCGGCAUGAGAGGGCCCCCGCCUGGCAUGAGGCCUCCACGGCCGUAAGGAUGCAGCGGAAGGAGAGAAUCCUGCUUGUUGUUUAUAUAAAGAGCCGCGUUGGGCUGGGCGGGUGUGAGAAGAAAGUCGUUGAUUUGUGGGCUGUGAAGACGACAUGGGGGGGGGGGGGGUGAGUAGCCAGAAUUGCAACUUAUCGCUCCGUUUCGGACAAGCUGACGAGUGGUGAGAGGUAAAUGUCAUUGUGCCCGAGGACAAAAAACGCGUUUUUUUGCUCCAAAAAGUUACGGGGGAAAUGUAGUUGUAAGCGAAACCGCGGGGACGACGCUUUUGAGAAUUUCUUGGCCGUCUGCGACGUUGUUGCCCCUGAACGUUGAGUCGUCUGCGUUUGGCUCUGUGUGGGCUACUGGGUCGCAAAAAGUUUGUCUUGUCUCCGUUGGCUCGUGCGAUCCUGCGAGUUUUAUAUUUUGUUCCCGUGGCCUGAGUUUUUUAAAAAAUUAAAUCACAAAUGUGUCCUGGAAA